UGCACUCCUCCUCAGAACCCGAGAUAAAGGUAAAUAGAAACCUGUUGUUCAGUUGUAUCAAAUACUUUUGAUUUCUACAUCAAGUAUAAAUACAACAGAUGCAUGAAACCGUCCCAGAGUCUCCUGCAGUCUGAUGUCAGGUGUCAGUGAACCUCAGUAUGCUGGAACCAUUUGACUGUUUUGUAUUGAAAUGUGUCACAAAGCAUUUUUUCACAAUAUAAUUUGAAGUUGAUCAUAACUGUAUCUAGUUAGUGAUGAUUUGAAAUAUGUGCAGUAUUUUGACGCACUAAUGGAUUGCAUUUUAUAUAUUUUUUAAGAUGGACUGGUUCUGUCAAACAAAAAGAUGAUAUAUAAUUGUGUGUCUAGAUGUUGAAGAGCAGGGGAAUGAAGAGAAAACACUGACCUCGACUACUAUGGACACAGAUGGACGAGAGCCUACAGUCUUUUCCAACUUUCUCUCCAAACUUGGACUGAAGAAAUUUUAUCCCAACAAGCUCACUCUUCAGUCUCUUCUGGAAAUCAACAAAAACAACAUGUAUGAUGGAACUGUUGAAUCACUGGAGAAAAUACCAUGGUGCUUUCUCAGGAAACUCUUUCAAAUCAACACAAGAUACAGAAACUGUACACAAUUAUCAAGCAAUGAUGAUGAUGAUGAUGAUGAUGAUGAUGAUGAUGAUGAUGAUGAUGAUGAUGAUGAGGGGAACAGUGAAUCUGCAGACAACAAGGUUAACCCUCUCGACCUCAUAGUCGCACUCUUUCUUUGUGCUGACAGCUUCUUGCAACAGGAAAUGGCCCUCAAGAUGUCAAUGUGCCAGUUUUCUGUCCCACUGCUGUUGCCUCAUGGUGAUAACAGUCAGUGUUCCCUGAUGCUGUGGGCUCUGAGAGACAUCGUCAAAGAGUGGUGUCCACAUGAUUUGUCUGAAUCAAGAGGAUUUGAUUCAGACAACAUUGUCCAAGCAAAUAUACCAUUCUUUACCUUUGUGAGGCUGAAAAACUGUAGUUUGUCCAAGUCACAGAUGUUGAAUCAUGUUCUCAGCAGCGGCCAACAGAAUCACAACAUCUUCAUACACAGAGAUAUGGAAGGAGGAGAACUUAAAAGAGAAAUUGCCAAUGGUUUGGUUGAGGUUUGCUGGUACCUUCCCUGUGGCAAAAAAGAUCUUGACAUAUUUCCAGAACCAGUUGCCUUUGCCAAUUUGAGAGGAGACAUUUGUGAGUCACUCGCACAAUUCAAGUUUCUUUUUCAAGUGUCAACUGCUACCUUUGUGUUCCUGGACAAAGUUGAAGAAAAUGAGCACAAGAUUCUGACUUCUCUUCAAGAUGUGAAAUCCAAACUCUUCUUGGUUGUAAAUCGCAAGGGCAACUCUAGAGAGGAUAUGUCUGUCAAGAAAAUAAAGAAAGAGUUAGAGCUACCAAAAAGCAGCAUGAAAAUCAAAGACCCAAACGUAAAUGUUGUAGAGUUUUCAAAGAAACUUUGUGCAGCCAUCAAGAAAUCACUGCCAGAAGAAACUCCCAAAUUGAACAUUGUCAAUAUGGUUGGAAAAGCUGUUGAACUUGGUCUGUCUGUGGAUGAAAACUCAAGUGAAAAACAAAAGAAAGCAGUUGAGGAGAUCAUGGGUGACAUUGAGGGGCGAAGUAUACCAGACUACAAGAAAGAACAGCUUCCUUUUCAGGGAGAUAAGUGGAAAAGAUUAUCAAAGUUAGAGAAGAAGGAGUGUAGAUUGAAAUCUGGUGACUCAGACCUUGAACAGAAUAAAUGCAAGCUACAGGAAGAAAAACAAAAGAUUAGGGAGGAACAAAGCAAACAAAAACUGUCCAAAGGAAUGAAGAGUUUCAUUAAAACUUUAUCCACAAGUGACAAAGAAGAAAGAGAUUUUUUCCUUAAGUGGAUGAAACUCAAGUUUAACACACAUUCACGGAGGGAACUGUCUGAGCUGCGCAAGGAAUUCAAAGAGCAAUGCAAGAAGAAAGAUAAAGAUCUCACUGCAGAGUCACAACAGGCUUUGAUGGAGAGUUCUUUAGGAGUAGAGCAUUACAUGAGAGAGAUGGGACUCAUCUAUGAGUUCUCAAUUUCUGGCUCAAGAAACACUGCUGAUGAAAUAUCUCGUCUCCCUGGUUUGGCUGCUGAAAUGCUGUUGGAUGGAUAUCCUUUAGAGCUCUUGGAUGGAGAUGCUUCCAACAUCCCAGAGAGAUGGGUGACAGAUGUGCUGACGGAGCUUCACAAGAAGGUUGGAGGGAAGAGCAGACUGUUAGUACUGAGUGUGCUGGGUGUUCAAAGUUCAGGGAAGUCAACACUCCUCAACACCAUGUUUGGUGUGCAGUUUCCUGUCAGCAGCGGCAGAUGCACAAGAGGAGCUUAUAUGCUUUUCCUCAAAGUUGGAGAGGAUAUGAAACAUGAGUUGAAUUAUGAAUUUAUAGUUCUCAUUGACACAGAGGGUCUAAAAUCUCCUGAUUUGGCAGAACUAGAUGAAAGUUAUGAGCAUGACAACCAGCUGGCAACCUUUGUGAUUGGUUUAAGUGAUGUCACCAUUAUCAACCUCGCCAUGGAGAACUCAACAGAAAUGAAAGAUGUCCUGCAAAUUGCAGUUCAUGCCUUCUUGAGAAUGAGACAUAUUGGUAAAAGGCCAGUUUGUCAUUUUGUGCAUCAAAAUGUUUCUGGAGUUUCAGCUCAUGAAAAUACCAUAACAGAUAGAAAGAAGCUCUUGGACCAGCUCAAUAAAAUGACAGAAAUUGCAGCUGAAAUGGAAAAGAAGCCUUCUAUUAAAGCAUUCACAGAUGUGCUGGACUAUGACAUAGACAAAAACCACUGGAACAUCCCAGGACUCUGGCAUGGAACCCCUCCGAUGGCACCAGUGAACACAGGUUACAGUGAAGCUGUAGCAGAUUUCAAGAAAAAUCUUUUGAUGAAAGUGAAAACAAACCAAAGCAAUGACGUCUCACAGAUCCCAGAGUUUCUAAUAUGGAUAAAAAGUCUCUGGAAAUCUGUGAAAAAUGAGAACUUCAUCUUUAGUUUCAGAAACACUCUUGUGGCUCAGGCCUACGACAACCUUUGCAAAGAGUCCAGUCAAUGGGAAUGGCAGUUCAGAAAAGAAAUCCUCUCCUGGCAAACAGAAGCAGAGUUGGAAAUCUUAAAUUCUGACAAUGAAGCUGAUAUUCAAACUUGGAGCAUUUUGGUUGAUUCAAAAAAAUCAGAGGUGUCAAAAAAAAUAGCAUCUGAAAAAAGAAAAAUGAAGGAGAAACUAACAAACUACUACAAAAAGAAAGACCAGAAUGUAAAUCUGACAGAAAAAUACAAAACUGACUUUUUCAACAGCAUCAGUAGUCUCGCAAAGGAAAUCGAUUAUUCUGUGAAUAACAGAUUGGAUUAUGUCCUUGAGCUAAAAAAAAGUUCAAAAAAGGCUCAAGACAUUCAGAAGAAAUACAGAGGCGGGGUUGAAGACAAGGUCAUGAAGCUCCUGAGUGCCUGUAAACACUUCACACUGUCUGAUAAACAGCUGACACAGAAGUUUGAAAAGAUGUGGACUGAAGCCACUAAAAACGUGUCUGGCCUGAAAGAGCGAGAUAUCGCAGCAUGUGUCCUGAAUCAGUUGAGAAAAAAUUUCACAAACCGGAAUGUUGAUGAGAAAUUCCAAAACAUUAAAGACCUGAAGGAGAUUGGGAAGGGUCCAUUUAAAACCAAACCUGAACAUACAGACUCCUGGAUGAAGAAGGCUGGAUAUCUGUGGAAGGGAGAUGCAGAACUGAAGGAGUUUGCUGACGAUGUCAUUGAGUCUUGCACACGGUUUGUGUUUGAUAAAGCAAAGACAAACACAGAUUACAAUGACUCUUUUACAAGGGAGCUUCUUGAAAAAAUGGAUGAAUCCCUUGAUCAGAGUCACAAACAUCACAAAACAAAUACAAAGUUUGUGAUUGACCUGAAACUUCACAUGUGUGGCAUUGCCUCAAGGGAAUUCCUCAAAAUGCACCAAAAAUUCUUGUCAGAUAAUGAUCCUCAAAUUCAGCUGCAGAAGUACAAGACUCAGUACUUGUCAGAUUUUCUUGACUUAUACAAACAGAGAGAUAAUUGUCAGCGUAAAGCAAAACAUUUUGUCAGAUGUUGUAUCAAACCUGCUGUGGAAGAGUACAUCAACAGAUCUCUGGGAAUAAACAUAGUGGAUGAAAUUUGUCAUUCAGCAGAGUUCAGUUCCCGCUCCUUUUUCCAGUACAACAUUCAGGAAGAGUUGCUGCAAAAGGAUGACUUUGACAGUUUUGUCAAGUACAUUUGUAACUAUGAAAUAUAUGUGAAGGAUUGGAUAUUUCAGCAAAUCCAGCAACAAAUGUUAGAGAACAAGACUUUGAGCAAACUGAAACAAGAGAAUCUGAAGGUGAUAGUUCGCAAAAUCACAGCAGCCUUAGAGCAGGCCACAAAAGGACCAGAUGGUGUUCAACUGCCAGACAACAAAAAAAGCAUCACAGAGCUCAUCAGCAACAUGCGGAAGUAUUUGACUAAAGACAUCUCAAUUUCAGUGGAGGAUGAAAAAAGAACCCUGUUUCAAAUCCAAAGCACAUGUCAUCCAUUUAUCAACAGCCUCAAAAUGUCAAUAGAAGACUUGAACAAACAGCUUCAGGAGGAAUUCUCAAAGUCUGAAAACAUCACUGAGACUCUGAACAAACUUCCAAUCAAAUCACAGGAUGAGCUUUUCAAGCAAGUGUUUGGUUGUGGAAAACAAUGUCCAUUUUGUAAAGUUCCCUGUGAGGCUGGAGGCAAAGAUCACAAACAGCAUCAUGCAGCUGUUCAUCGACCAAAAGGUCUUGGUAGACACAGUUAUGAUGGCAGUGAUAAGCUGGUUGAAACACUGUGUACAACUGAUGUACAAAGUGAACGUAGAUUUAAAAAUGCAGACACUAAAGGAGAGUGGCAUCCAUACAAAGACUACACCAAGCACUAUCCAGACUGGCACAUUCCUCCAGAUCCCAGCAUAGAGGCAUCUGACUACUGGAAGUUUGUACUGGUACGAUACAAUGACAGAUUUGCUCAAGAAUACGAGGCCAAGCCAGCUGAUGUUCCAGAGGCCUGGAGGAGAAUCACAAAGGAACAAGCACUGAAGGGGUUAAAAGAUGCCUUCAACAUGAAGUGAACAACGUACAAAUGUCUUUAAAACAACAAAACAAAAUUUCAAACAAAAAUGAACUUUUUUGAGAGGAGCAAAAGGACACGAGCACUAAACAUGUUAGAGCUUUCAGCAGAUCAGAUCAGUCAAAUUCAAUCAGUUAAAUUCAAAAUAUAUCAAUACUGUUUUAAUGUAUAUUGUUUUGUUUUUCAUGUAACUGACUUUGUGGUUCACACUCAAAUUCAGACUAAAGCAGCUGCUGACAGUGAAUACUGUGGCAUCCUUUGGUCUGGUGAACAUGAUGAAUGACAAAUGAUGAGUUGAACAAGUUGUUGAGACGUUGAAGAGCUGGAAAUAAUUAUGUUAGACUGUUCAACUUUUUAUGUAAUAUUUCUUUUACUUAUUAUUUUGUGUUUUUAUUUUUUGGAAAUUACAGAUGUUUUGUUUUCUUCUCUCAUGAUUAAUGACUGGUGUUCAUGAUAAUGAUAAAGAAAAUGAUGAUGUACAACAAAGAUCAUGUAAAAAAGAGAUGAUGAUGUUUUAUGUUUUUAUCUUUAUUUUUUGGUUUGUGAUCAUUACAAAUGUUUAGUUUUUCCUUUUUUCAAGUUUUAAUAUAUGCAUAUACGUAUAAUAGCUGAUAUACACAAUUAUGAUGCUGAUGAAAUCAAUUAUAAUGAUGUUCUACAAAGAUCACAUGAAAAAAAGGUCAUGAUUUACAAUAUUAGUUUUGUUGUUUUUGUUUUUUGAUGAUUACAACUGUUUGUUUAAUGUUUCUUUGUUCAUAUUGAUAUGUGACUAUGUGAAUAGUAACCAGUGUGCAAGAUAAUAAUGAUAAUAAUGAUGAUGAUGAUGAUGAUGAAGAUGUCAUCAUGGUUCAUUCAGUGUUUGCAGUUGGUUUUCUAAUGGUUACUACCAGUCAAUCAAUAACAAAUAUUGAUACAAAUGACUUUUGGUGCCUUUCUGAAGCUGAACAUGAAACAAAGAGGCAGAAAGCACAGAAACAAUUACUCUGACUUUUAAAUAUUUACCUUUUUUUCUUGUUUAUUUUAUCCUUUUAAAUAAAAAUGUGAUGAUGA